AUGAAUGAAUUAAAAGAAUUGAGUAAAAAGAUAAAAGAAAACACAACUGUAAAAAAAGAAGACCAAAAAAAUGAGUUAGAGAUAAAAAAUUUAUUUGAUAAUUUUCUUGGCAAUAAUUCUAUAAAUUACUUGAGUUCUUUUAUAAAUAAAACAAAUACAAAUGAAAAUUCUAAUGAAAAUACAAAAAAUGAAAUUAGAAACAUAUUUGAAAAUAUUAAUAGAAAUAAUUUAAAUGAAAAGAAAGUGAACAAUGAUAUAAAUUUGGAGGAAACCGGAUUUGAUAAAAAAUGUCACAAUAAUAUAAUUGGUUUAGAAAAAACAUGGAGUGUAAAAGAAGAUGAAAUAAAACCUCAAAAUAAAUUAAAAAUUGAAAAAAAAGAAGAGAAUAAGUAUAAAGGACCUUUAAUAGAUUCAUCACUUAAAACUUCUAAAAACAUAGAGAAUAUAAUAAAUGUAAAAAAAAUACUUCAAAAUACAAAAAACGUUGAUAUAAAAGAUUUAGAUAAAUUGAUUAACCGUUUUAAUAACGAAAUUGUAGACAGAACAAAAAAAUUAGAAGAUUUUAUCGACAAAAAUAAAAUAAAAAAUGAUUAUAACGAAAAUAUUUUAAUGCUAGAAAAUUUGAAUAAAGAAAUGAAAAUUAUAGAAACAAGUUUCAAAAAAAAUGAUCCUUUAUAUGAAUUAUAUAUAUCAAAGAAAGAAAAGAAAAAAAUGUAUUGUUCUUUAUUAUUUUUAAAAAAUUUCUUUACUUGUUUAAAAAAUUUUAUGGAUUUUCUUGAUAAAUCUGAACAAAGCUAUAAACAAUUAAAAAUUGGUGAGUCAUUAAUGUAUUUAAGAAAUUGUAAAACACAUUUUUUGUUAAUAAAGUCGAUAUUUAAAUAUGUCAAAAAUAGGUCUUAUGAUUAUUUAAAUGAAGAUAUUAAUGAAAAAGGUAAAAAUGAAAUGAAAAAAGACGAAAAUACUCAAAACAAUGAAAUUAUAGAAACUAUUCCAAAGGAAAAAAUUUUAACUUCAUCAAAUGAUAACCAAUUCAAUAUAAAUAAACAGGGAAAUAAAACUGAUGAUAAUAUUAUCAAAUAUAGUAAAUCAAACUCCUUUAAUAGAAAACCUGAUAAAAAUGUUGAAGUUAAAUUAAUGGAUGAAAUAAAAAAGGUGUUUAUGGAUGAAAGUGGAUCACCAAAUGGUAGUAAUAGCAAUAGUAAUAGCAAUAGUAAUAGUAAUAAUAAUAAUAAUAAUAAUAGUAAAGUAAAAUUUGUAAAAGAAACGAAAUGUAAAUAUGAAGGCAUAUUAAAUAAUCUAAAGAAUAUGAUUGAUAUAAUUUUUAAUAAAAUGUUUGUCUUUGAUAAUAAUAUAAAAAUAUAUAAAUACAUAUAUUUAAAUGGAAGUUCUAUUUUUUCAAAUGAUACUUAUAAAAAUGAGGAAAAAAUAACAUAUGAUAUGUUUUGGUAUUUUGCUUAUAUAUUGAAGAAACAUAAUUAUUAUUUAAAAAUAAUAAAAAAUCACUUAUUUUUUAAUAUAUUUAAAUUUAUGGUUUUAUUUUAUUGUAUCACAAAAAAUUUGAAUCCAAAGGAUGUGUUAAAUAAUAUAUCUUCUAUUAAACAUAUAAAUUCAUUAACAUAUAAAAAUAUUGAAAAAUAUGUUUCAGAUGUGAUUAAAAAAACUGGGAUAGAAAAAUCACCAAAUAGUUAUUAUAAUUAUUAUAAAAAAUAUAAAAGUUAUAUAUUUUCUGAAGAAAAUGGACAUAUAAAUGAUAUGAAAUUUGUUACACCACCAAAAAAAGAAAUAAUAAAUAUUUCAUGGUGUGAUAUUAAUUUAAAUGAUUAUAUAGUUGAAAAAGACAAUUUUAUAUUUAUUGAUAUCGAACAUUUUUUUAAUUGUUUUAUUUUAUCAAGAAAUAAUAUUAAUAAGGAUUGUGAACAAACAAUAUUAAAAAAUGGCAAAAAUUUUAUUUCCUCAUUUGAAUCAAAUAAAAACUGGGUUGUUGAAAAUGAUAUGUACAAUAUCGAUUUAAAUGAAAGAAUACCCCAAUCUGAUACUGAUAUUAAUAAUUUAGAUGUACACAAAAUAAAUAACAAUGAUGACGUACACAAAAUAAAUAACAAUGAUGACGUACACAAAAUAAAUAACAAUGAUGACUCUUCUAGGAUAGAUGUAGAAAAGGAUGAGGUUGGAGGGAAUGAUGAUUUUUUUCUGACACUAUCAAGAGGGUUAUUAGAAUUUUAUAAUAUUGCAGAGUUAUUAUUUUCUAUAAAAAAAGAUGAAAAAAAGAUAAAAAAAUUAGAUAUAGAUAUAGAUGGCGAAUUCAACAUUGAAGAGUUAGUAAAUUCUUUUAAUUUUUAUUUUGAAAAUAUGCAAAAUGAAGAAAAGUGCGAUAAAAUUUAUUUUAACGAAUAUAUAUACGAUUUGAAGGAUACAGAAGAAAAACUAUGUAAUAUAAAAGAUAAAUUAAAAAGGAAAUAUGAAUAUAUUAAAAAUAUAAACAAUGAUGAUAAUGUGCUACGAGACAAAGAAAUAUUUCCACUUUAUAUUUUAAAUAAAGAAUUAAAUGAAAAUAUGUUUUUAUUUUUUCAUGAAAUUAAUAUGAAUCGAAAUAAUUUAAAAGAUAUUUUGAAUGUGUAUUAUAUUUAUAAGUGGAAACAAGAAGACAAUAAAUUUUAUCUUCUAAAUAAAGACAUUUUAAAAAAUAAUUUUUUUCAUUACAUUAAUUAUGCUUAUUCUAUACUAAAUGAUAUAUUUUUAUAUAAGGAUGAACAAGAUUAUAUUUUAAUAGAUGAAAAAACAGAUAAUUAUUUGUUAACUCUAUUUUUUGAUGAUAUAGAAGAAAACAACUACAAUUUAAAAGAUACAAAAAAUAUUGACUGUAAUAUUGCAUUAAAUUGGGUUGAGAAAAAUCAUAUUCUUUUAAAAGAUAUCAUAAAAGAAGAAACCCAAAAAAUGAAUUCAGAAAAAUUAAUAAAUAAUAAACAACUAUCCAAAAAUAUAGAAAAUGAAAAUGUCGAAAAAGAAAUUAUUAUAAAUAAAAUUAAUGAAAAAAAAAAAGAUGAUACACUUAAUGAAAGGGAAAAUAUGUUAAACACAGAAAUAGAUGAAAAAAAUGAUACUGUAUCUCAAGAUUCAAAUCAAAAUAGUAUAAAUGUAAUGAUUGAAACUAAUAAUAUAGAUUGUAUUCAUAUUCAUAAAAAAAUUAUAUUUAUAGUGUUUGAAAUUUAUCAGAUUGUUCAUUUUUCCAUAAAAUUAUUACUUGAUAUUAAAAAGGUGAAAAAUAUUAACUCUUUAGAAAAAAUAAAUAUGAAUGAAAAUAAAAUAAAAUACAUUAUUAGCAUUAAUUUAAUAUUAUUUUGUUAUAAAAUUAUAAAAUAUAUUUAUAAUUUAUUCUUAAGCUAUUCCUAUUUUAUUUUCCGUUUUUCAUCAGUCUCAAAUUUAAAUAAUAAAGAGUUUUUGCUAUGUAUAAUUAAUAAUAAUAUAUUUUUAAAAAAAACUUUUGAAAAUAUUUAUGAUAUUUAUCUAAAUUAUAAAGAGUUAUUCAAUUUUUAUAUAUAUCAAAAAGAAAUUAUAUUUGAAAUGGACGACAUAAAAAAAAAUAGCAUCUUUCAAAAAAAAUAUAUGAACACAUUUAACACAAACACUGAAAUAUAUCCCACUAAUUUGGAUGAUAAAAAUAUAAACAAAGUUGAUAAUAAUAUGUGUUAUGAAGAUAAAGUAAUAAAAAAUAAAAUAUUUGAGGAUGCUACUAAUAAAGAAAAAUAUAAUAAAUGUGAUGAUAAUGAUUCCGUAAAAAAUAAUUCAUCAGAAUAUAAGGAUGAAUUUUUAAUAAAUAAAAAAACACAUGAGCUUGAUGAAAAAAAAAAUACAUUGAAAUUAUCAAAAAAUGUAAAAUUCUUAUGUGUAAACAAAAUAAGCAUAUUUAAAAAUAUGCAUUUAUAUAUUGAUAAGUUCUACAUAAAUUUAAAAAAUUUUAAAAAUAUGUUUGUUAAUAUUUACAAAGAACAAAUAUACAAAUUAUUAAAAAAAAAUAAUAAUGUGAUGGAAGAUAAUUUUUUGAUAAAUAUUUCCAAAAUAGUUAAUGUGAUUUUUGAUUUUUUUCAAAUACGAGAUUUAUGUAAAUCAAUACAUAAAGACAUUAUAUUACGUAUUAUAGAUUAUUUAUUUUAUCACAUAAAUCAGUACAUUUUGGAUUAUAUAAUAGAGAAAACAAAAUUAAAUGAUGAUGAAAGAAACUCUAUUCAUGAAAAAUUUAUCUUUAUUCAAAAUAGUUUAUCUUUUAUUCUGGAAGAUUAUAAAGGUAUGUACAUGUUUUUUAUACAUAAUUUCAGUAAUAUAUUUAUUACCUAUAAGAAAUAA